AUGCCCUCCCUCGCGUCCAGGUUCGUUGCGGGCAUUGCGACUCUGGGCUCAAUAAGCCUAGCCAGUCCAGCUAGACUCGGUCGUGCUACCGAUGUGAACGCUUUCAUCACCGCAGAGAGGCCAAUUGCGCUUCAGGGAGCCCUGAACAAUAUCGGACCUAAUGGUUCCCAAGCCGAAGGUGCCGCUGCCGGCUAUGUUGUCGCCAGUCCUUCCAAGGUCAACCCUGACUACUUCUAUACCUGGUCCAGAGAUUCAGCUUUGACAUUGAAAAUGAUCAUCGACGAGUUUCUCCUUGGCGAAACAAGCUUGCAGCCAUACAUUGAGGAUUAUCUCCACGCACAGGCGGUUCUUCAGACGGUAUCGAACCCGUCCGGUACCUUUUUACCGUCUGGUAAGGGUCUUGGGGAACCCAAGUACAACGUUGACGGGACUCGGUAUAAUGGCAAUUGGGGAAGGCCUCAGCGCGAUGGACCGGCUCUGCGUGCGGUCGCGCUGAUCACAUACAGUAACUGGCUGGUAUCAGUCGGACAAGCUGCUAGGGUAAAGACGGUUGUCUGGCCCAUCAUCUCCAAUGACUUAUCCUAUGUAGGUCAGUAUUGGAACUCGACAGGGUUUGAUCUGUGGGAAGAGGUAUCCGGGUCCAGCUUUUUCACCAUACAAAGCCAGUAUAGAGCCUUGAUCGAAGGGAGCUCGCUUGCUAGCACCCUUGGAGUCGACUGCACUGGUUGCGACGAAGCGCCUCAGAUUCUUUGUUUCUUGCAAUCCUUCUGGAAUGGCAAAUAUUUCAAUGCCAACAUCAACACCAAUACGGUCAGGUCAGGUCUCGAUGCAAACACCAUCCUCGGCUCUAUCGCAAUCUUCGAUGUAAAUGCCAGUUGUGAGAGCUUAACUGUCCAACCAUGCAGUAGCCGAGGGUUGUCGAACUUCAAGGCCUUCGUUGACAGCUUCCGCAACGGAACUUUGUACCCAAUUAAUGAUGGCAUACCAACGGAUACCGGUAUUGCCCUCGGACGGUAUACUGAAGAUAUUUACUAUAGUGGCAACCCUUGGUAUCUAAUCACAGCAGGAGCAGCAGAAUAUCUAUAUGAUGCUGUCGCACAAUGGAACGCACAGGGUUUCCUCACAAUUGACGAGAUAUCAUUGUCCUUCUUUGCGGGUCUCUAUCCCGCGGCCAGGGUGAAGACUUACAUAGCAGAUGAGAAGUGUUCAGAGUUUUCUCGCAUCCUAAAAGCUGUUAGCAUCUACGCAGACUCUUUUGUAUCUGUCGUUGAGCUAUACACUCCGGCCAACGGUUCACUUUCAGAACAAUUCAACAAAGCCGCUCCCGGCAACCCUCUGUCUGCAUACGAUCUGACCUGGUCAUAUGCCGCUUUUGUGACAAUGGCUGAACGUCGCGCUGGUCAAUAUCCACCGAGCUGGGAGCCUUCCGCGGUUGCGUCCGUGCCCUCUCAAUGCCAAGCUUCAUCGACUAAAGGUAUUUACGUUCCAGCUUUCGCCGCUGGCGCUCCGAAUGUUUCGACCUCUUGCACCUCAUAUGUCCAGUUCGCCGUCAACGCUUCGACCUAUUUUGGUGAAAACAUCUACCUUGUCGGAAAUACUUCUGAUCUCGGCGCUUGGGACGUCGCCAACGCACAACCAUUGCUCUCAUCCAACUACACUUCUGAGCGACCUCUUUGGUAUGCGCCUGUUGCGCUAACGGCUGGGGAAUAUAUUAACUACGGCUAUGCUAGGCAGGAAAACUGCGAUCAACCUUGGAUUUUUGAGACGGUCAAUAGGACACUGCUAGUCCCUGCCUGUGAUGAGUCUGACGUUGAGGCUAUAAGGGCAGAAACCAAUGACGCCUGGACAGGUGCUUUGGGAAGCAGCGGCGGAUGUUAA